UCAAGGAAAAGGCAUCAUGGCAGGAGAAAGCAGAAGUUUUAAGCCUCAUUUGACGUUCAUGAAAUUGUCAAAAGCACCAUGGCUCCGUAAGAAUGGAGUGAAAAAAAUAGACCCUGAAUUCUAUGAAAAAUUUAUCAGUCACAGAUUUGGAGAAGAAAUGUUAUAUCGCAUAGAUCUUUGCUCCAUGCUAAAGAAAAAGCAAUGUAAUGGAUAUUAUCACUGUGAGUCUUCAAUUGUGAUUGGCAAGAAACCUAUUGGAAUCCGAAACUUAAUUAAUGAAGCUUUGCAUCGAGAAAGGAUGGGUCUGAAGUCCAAAGUGAAACACAUAAAGGAACUAUUAUUAAAGCCUGAGAUUCAGGCCAAAAUUAGAAGGGAACUUUUUGAAGGAAGACUCAUUAACAACAGUAAUCAGGCAAAUGAUGUUAAUUUCAGCGGGACUCAGACAUAAGCUCCUCAUUGCUAUUACGGUAACAUAGUUUAUGAAAUCUUUUCAGCUUAUGAAGUAGCUCUUUGGUAAAUACCACAAAAGUGUUCUGAUAGUGUCUGCACAACAACAAACCAACAUUUGGUAAGGAAUUAACCAUUUCUUGCCAAAGAAAAUUAAUUCUGCCCAUGUUCUUUUUUUUUUUUUUAGCUAAACUUGUGUUUUGGAAUGUUUGAUUCUGUACUAUUGAGAGUUAAUUUACAGACCUGACUCUUACUUAGCUGUUCUGAGAUGUUCCUUGGGUCCUUGGAGAUAAAAAAUACAGACUGUAAAAACUCAUUUACAGACAAAAAAACUAACAAAACCAACAGUAUUUUAAGGGCCACUUGCCUCCUUUUGACAUGAUUGUUAAAUCAAAAGAAGCAUUGUUUAGGUGUAUCUGCAUCUAGUGUUAACUUUUAAUGAGAAUUUGAAUGUUUAUUGAACAUUAGUACUUGAAUAAACAUUUAUAAAUGUAAUUAUUGCAAUCACUGGUUAAGAAUGUUUCAUAAUAUCCAUAUGUAUUAUUUUUCACUGAUCAAAAUAUAGUCUGCUUGUUCAUUUCUUAAUGGAUAAAUGUUUGGGAUUUUUAUUUUCUACUUUUCUGAAGAUAAGCCCCAGGUUUUAUCAUAUCCCUUGUAAUCUGAAUUGGUUUGCACUGGUUUAUUUUAAGGGCAUUCUCGAAAAAUUUCCCCCAUAUCAUGAUUAUUUGUAACAGCUUUUUCUAUAGUCAUUGUAAAAUUCCUGCUACUAAUAGAUCAUGAUCGAUGGGGAAAUUAUUAGAGAUUGAUCAUGUAAUCAUUUCAAAUAUAAAAUCCAGUUUACUCAUGGAUUUUAGCUAUUUUUUCACUGGGUAAAUUAUACUACAUUUAUUUAUAAAUGAGUUUAUGCAUUUUCAUGCCUCUUAAUAAACAUAUUGUUUUCCCUUGC